AUGGCGCACACUGGUCAGCCUGUCUCGAUCUCCGUCCAUCCCGACUUGCGGGACGACUGGACGGCCCUCGUCAAUGCUGUCGAGCUGUUCAUCUCGAAUGACCCAGGUUGUCGGGAGUACACUCGCACACGCGCCUACGCCCUCUUCCCGCCUCCCUUCGUCACGCCAGACUGGCCCGCCGUCCAGCAUGCCCUCGUAACCCAGUUCGGCGCCGAGCAAGGCGACGAUCAAGCUGGCAUCGAGACCGGAGUGUACGGCGCCGCGUACAUAGCCGGUGUCCUCAAGAAGACCCUCGUUCCCGACGACCGACUCUGCAUGCAUGCGAUCAAGGUCUGGCUCCGCCGGUUCACAAACGCCCUGGAAUCUUGCAACACGCGCAUCGUCCAGCCCAACAAAAUAGCCUCGCCGACGCCCUCGACCCGCGACGCUUUCGCCGCGACCGCCGUAGCCCUUACUGCGACAUCAUCCGCAUCUUACAAAGUGGGAGAAUCUAGUUCAUCACUUGUUCGCACGCCGUCAAACUCGAGCUCCACCUCGAGCGACUCGACAGACGCUUCGCAAAAAGGCCGCAACGCGGAGUCUCCGACGCCGUUCUCAACGCCAGAAUCACUUGACGAGCGGACGACUCGCCAGGCGCGCCAUGCGAGCGCACCUUCGCCUUCGCCGAAGCCUGAAGUCAAGCUCGAGGACGUUGCGCUCGACCCCAUCGUCCGGCCAAUCGCCACGACACGGCUCUUACGACCCAAGACGGAAGAAUUGGGACCUGUACCUGCCCUUAACGAUGGGCGAAGACGAUCGUCACGGUUGACGCGCUCGAGAUCGCCUUCGCCCGACCUCGAAGACACCAAGCCUUUCGCUUCCCCUGUGCCUGCUCGGAAGAAGCGACAGACCGCAGCAGCAUCUCCGUCGCCUCCGCCAUUGCCGCAGUUCGGAGCACCCCAGACGUCCGCCGCUCAGUAUUUCGCCUCCGUCUUGAAAGGCUUUCGCGGCCUCGAUGGCCUCGACCUCGAGCCCGACGCACCCCUCCGCAACCCUCGCCUGGCUGCUCUCGACUGUGCCUUCAAGCACAGGUCCAUAGCCGGACCAAAGGUGCAGGCCAUGUUUCACGGCUUCUCCGACAACGGCUACGAGGCGUCGCGAAACUUUGUCGCCAUCUGGCCGAAGCACAACCUUUGCGCACCGGACACCUUCGCCUACGGUCGACCGAUCGCCAUUCUUGCAGACGAGGACAAGCUCAAACAAUACAUCGAGGUCAUCGUGCCACCGCAUCGCUCGGCCGACGAGGCCAGACCGCUCAAACGGUGCAAACCCGUUGAUGCGCCCGAGUGA